AUGGCAGAGCACACAAAAGUACCGGCAUCCAUGAAGGAGUUGACCCAGGUUGACCCCUGGUUAGAGCCUUUCGUCGAAGAGUUGGCCUACAGAAGCUCGCUAGCCAACCAGUGGAUUGAGAAGUUCAACGCCAAUGAGGGCGGCCUUUUGGCGUUUGCAGACUCGUACAAGACAAUGGGGCUCCACGUUCAGAAGGACAACUCCAUUGUGUACAAUGAGUACGCCCCCAACGCAACGCACGCUUGCUUGAUUGGCGACUUCAACAACUGGGCCCAUGACGCCAAUGUCAUGACGAAGUCAGCCACAGGCCACUUCACGGUCACGGUGCCACCAAACGCCGACGGCUCCCCUGGAAUCCCGCACAAUUCACGGGUGAAGAUCUUUCUCACGUUGCCCAACGGAGAAAAGAUCGCAAGGUUGCCUGCGUACAUACAAAGAGCCACACAGCCUCCGAAGGAGUACAACAACCCUUCGUACGAGGCCAGGUUCUGGAACCCGCCUCAGAAAUACACCUUCCAGAACAAAAGACCCAAGUUGCCAGCGUCGUUGAAGAUCUACGAGGCUCAUGUCGGCAUCUCCACUCCAGAGCCAAAGGUUGGCACCUACAACGAAUUCACAGAAAACGUCUUGCCCAUCAUCAAGGACUUGGGCUACAACACCAUCCAGUUGAUGUCCGUCAUGGAGCACGCCUACUACGCUUCCUUUGGCUACCAGAUCACCUCCUUCUUUGCCAUUAGUUCCAGGUUUGGUACUCCGGAGGAUUUGAAACGUCUCAUUGACACUGCUCACGGCAUGGGUUUGAGAGUCCUGCUAGAUGUUGUGCACUCUCAUGCUUCCAAAAAUGUGGAAGACGGUUUAAACAUGUUUGACGGCACGGACUACUGCUAUUUUCACUCCGGUGGCAAAGGUGUCCACGAUCAAUGGGACUCCAGACUAUUCAACUAUGGCCAUUAUGAAACCUUGAGAUUCCUUUUGAGCAACUUGAAGUUUUACUUAGAUGAAUAUGGUUUCGACGGCUUCAGAUUCGACGGUGUCACUUCUAUGUUGUAUCUCCAUCAUGGUGUCGGAGCGGGAUUCUCCGGUGACUAUAACGAAUAUUUGAGCCCCUUUGCUCCCGUGGACAAGGAGGCAUUGGCUUAUAUGAUGAUUGCAAACGAUCUAGGCUCUCUUUAUUCUGCCGCCAACGAUUGUACUAUCACAACGAUUGCAGAAGAUGUCUCGGGCUAUCCAACAUUGUGCCGUCCUCGUGAGCACGGUGGUGUCGGUUUCGACUACAGACUUGCGAUGUCUAUCCCAGAUAUGUGGAUCAAAAUCUUAAAGCAUAAGAAAGAUGAAGAAUGGGACAUGGGCGACAUCACUCACACCUUGAGUAACCGUCGUUAUCGUGAGAAGUGCGUGGCAUACUGUGAAUCCCAUGAUCAAGCGUUAGUGGGUGACAAGACUCUUGCCUUUUGGUUGAUGGACGCUGAAAUGUAUACACACAUGUCUGUGCUGUCGCCUUUAACUCAAGUUAUUGAUCGGGGUAUUCAAUUGCAUAAGAUGAUCAGACUAAUCACUCAAUCCAUGGGCGGAGAAGCCUAUUUGAACUUUGAAGGUAAUGAAUUUGGACAUCCUGAAUGGUUGGAUUUCCCAAGAAUAGGUAACGGUGAGUCGUAUCAUUAUGCAAGAAGACAGUUCAAUUUGAUAAAGGACGACCUGCUUCGCUACCAGUUUUUGUACCAGUUUGAUAAGGCAAUGAACGAGACUGAAACAAGGUUCCCUUGGCUCAAUACUGAGCCUGCCUAUAUUUCGUUGAAGAAUGAAAGCGAUAAAGUCGUCGUUUAUGAAAGGGCAAACAAACUUUUCCUUUUCAAUUUUCAUCCUACAAACAGUUACGUCAGUUAUCGUGUUGGCGUAGAGACACCAGGCACUUACAAAAUUGUUCUUAAUACUGAUAGAAUUGAAUAUGGUGGUCAUGGUUUAAUUGAUGAAGGGAAGAGUACUUUUUUUACUACUGACCUAUCGUGGAAUGGUAGGAGAAAUUUUGUUGAAGUCUAUUUGCCUGCUAGAACAGGUUUAGUUUUGGCAUUAGAAAGUGAUAUCGCUAGAGCCUAG